CAUCUUCUCCACCCUCUCAGCAAACUCAAAAAUGCGACGCAGGUGCCACGGAGAUGAGCCUUGGGACGCUGGAAACAUCAGGUCCUCGGACACCGUGGAGUGGUGGAUGUUCCUCAUGCCUGAAAAGAAACAGCGGAUGAGAAUGCCGGUCCUUGAGUGGGAAGGUUCUGCCAUGAAUCCUUCAUACUUCUGCACCGGUCAUCUCAGUUUCGACGCUUUCAAGUUCCUGUGUAACUCGUUGGAAGGUGUCAAGAUCGACUCGAACGAAGAGGCAGGCUUACCAUCAUCCCGAUCAACGUUACAGCAGUCACAGGGCCAAGCCUGCCUAAAGAUGCUUCCCGCCGAGCUUCUAAGAACGAUAUUCGAAUUGCUCAAAGUAGAAGAUUUCAUGGCUUUGGGCUUGUGCUCGCAAGCGCUCUGGUCUCAUGCCAUCAGAUGGGCAAAAAGUGGUUACGUCCGGUGGAGGAAUGAAUAUUCCUGGAUUGACACUCCAAUAAUUUGCGCUGGUGAUAAACUUCAAGUACUUCCCCAGGCGUUACGACACAUAUUACCCAAAGCUAUCCCUGAUGAGAUAACAAGUGAGCCCGAUCGGCCUGGCCAGCAUGACACGCGAACGAAAAGCCAGGCCAAAACCUGGUUCGACGAAUCUGUGAAGAGUUUCGAGAGGGUACCAUUCCCCUACGACUAUUCCUAUCCAGAGGCAUUCCUAAAGCAGAUUAAGGACGCUAAUAUCCCAGAAAGCCUCCAUUUACCCAUGAAAACUUGUUUGCCGACUCUCAGCCUUGAACCUGGAAGCAAGUGGUUUUUGCGUAACCUGACGAAUAAAGAGUACAUACGAAUGGAAGCAGUAGUCACGUCAGAUGACGAGGCUACUGUUUCGCUACCAGGCCAUAAGUGGCUCACACUGGAUAUUAUUCUCUUGUGGGUCAUCAGUUGGAGAGGAGAUGGUAGAAAGAAGGCCUGGUCUUGGAAGAAGCUCGAAAGCUUCCGGGGAUUUACUGAUCAAGAACUCACAGACACGUGGCACGACCCAACUUACGGACCACUAUUUAUGGACUUUUGGCCAAUCUGGACCGGCCCUUGGGCUGGCCACAAUCUCGACGUCGUCACUGAGCAAAGGUUGGAUAAUGACUGGGAAGACCGGACUGAGUGUGUCAAGACAUUAGCCCCUAAAAUGUUGCGCCUUUUCUAUGGACUUUCUCUUUCGGAGGAGAAAGACCACCAAGAGUACUGGGAAGAAGCUUUUAGGCAAGACGGUGACUAUUGGGAGUUGGAGGUGAUGUUGUAUUCGUCUUCAUGGGAUGGCGAUGAGUCGGAUGGGGAGAGGGUAACACAUAGAAUGCCCCAGAACGCUCAUGGGAAUUCCGAAGCCUCUGAGAGGGACACAGGCUGAUAUCAAUUGCUUUAUGUGUAUACCUGAGAAACCUUUACCAGUGUUUGUCACUUAUUUAUAUUAGUCUUGUCCAAUA